AUUCAGAGUCAAACAUGAAGAUACUGAGGAACAAACAGACUUGACGGUGCUGAAAGAGGAGAGUCAAGAACUGAGUGAAAUGGAAGAGAAAGAUCAAUAUAAGAAUCAACAUGAUUUCUUAACUGAAGAAAACUAUUUUAGUUGCUCACAGACUGAAAGACAGAAAGUAGUAGUUAUUUCAUCUGCCAACAGUGUGGAAAGUGUUUCCUUCAAAAACAUUUUUUUAAAAGGCACAUGAGAGUUCACACAGGAGAGAAGCCUUAUGCCUGCCAACAGUGUGGAAAGUUUUUCAGUCAAAAAGAAACUCUUAAAGCACACAUUAGAAUUCACAAUGGAGAGAAGCCUUACACAUGUCCUCAGUGUGGAAAGAGUUUCACUCAACGUGGAAACCUUGCGGUCCACAUGAGUCUUCACACUGGAGAGAAGCCUUACACCUGCCAACAGUGUGGAAGAAGUUUCAACCGGAAAGGAAACCUUAAUUGCCACAUGACAAUUCACACUGGAGAGAGUCUUUUCAACUGCCAACAGUGUGGAACAAGUUUCACUCAUAAAGAAAGCUUUAACAGACACAUGAGAAUUCACAAUGUAGUGCAGGCUUACACCUGCUCUCAGUGUGGAAAGAGUUUUGAUCAACACAAAAACCUUAAAGUCCAUAUGAGAACUCAUAGAGAGAAAACCUACACAUGUUCUGAGUGUGGAAAUAUAUUCGGUCAAAAACGGCAUUUUGAAGACCACAUGAGAAUUCACUCAGGAGAGCAACCCUACAUGUGUUCUCAGUGCGGAAAGAGUUUCAAUUACAAACAACACUUUGAAGACCACAUAAGAACUCACACUGGAAAGAAGCCUUUCACAUGCCAACAAUGUGGAAAAAGUUACAACCGAAAAGGAAGCCUUAACAGGCACAUGAGAACUCACAGUGAACCCACAUCCUACUGCCAUCUCAACACAGCGCUGCCAGUUCUACAGCUUUAUUCUGAUGAAGCAGCUGACCACUGUGUCCACCUUCAGCUGUCUCUGCUGUCCAUCACGACCCUCACUGCUGCAGUCAGACUGAAUCUGAUCAUGGAGGAGAAAGGGGCAUCGAGACUAUUGUCUGAGUGCACAGAGAGGACGAGGCCCCCCGUACCACACAAUCUUGAAGCAAGAGCAGGUGAACACAUGCGGGACGAUCUGGCUGCUGCUGAGUCUGCUCUAAACAAUCGCCUGUUCUCCAUGAGCACGACUACAUUUACACAGA